UUUUGUUUAAUUUUGAUUAAUUUAUUAUAAUAAUUUUUGCACAUAAUGAGUAGAAAUUAUCAAGAAGAUCAAAAUAAUGAAAUCGAAGCAUUGGAUUCUAUAUAUUGUGGUGAAAUGGAAAUAUUGGAAUCCCAAUCAGUACACAAGUUUCGUAUACCAAUAGCGACUGAAGAGUUUGAUAAAGAUCAAGAAGAAAAUGGUUUAGCUUGUAAAUUGUUAUUCACUUACACACCCACUUAUCCGGAUGAAGCACCUCUAGUGGAAAUUGAUGAACCAGUAAACUUUGCGGAAGAUUUUGAAGAACGUUUAUUACAGCAUAUAAAAAAAUCUAUAGAGGAAUAUUUGGGUAUGGAAAUGAUAUUUAGCUUAGUUAGCACAGCCCAGGAAUGGUUAAAUGAACGAUGGGAUGAUCAUAAAAAGGCACAGGAAGAAGAACGAGAACGUAAUUUGCUGGCAGCCGAGGAAGCAGAACGCAAAAAAUUCGAAGGUACUCGUGUGACGGUAGAGAGUUUUAUGAAAUGGAAAAUGAUAUUCGAAGAAACCACGGGUAUAACUGCAAAGCGGGAAAAAAUUAAUGAAAACAAAAAACUAACCGGACGCGAACUGUUUAUGCAGGAUAACACCUUAAAUGAGUCGGAUCUUAAAUAUCUAUUAGAAGCUGGCGAUAGUAUCGAGAGCGUUAAAAUUGAUGAAAGUCUAUUCCAAGCCAUAGGCGAUAUUGAUUUCGACGACGAAGAUGAAGAGGAUGAGGAUUGGGUACCUGGUAAUGAUGAUGAUGACUAGAUAUAUUACAUCUUUUCUUUUUGGAAAACUGAUUUACUUUUAUCAAAACCUGCAGAAAUACACGCAAAAACCAUUGGAUUAAAAA